AUGGCAGAAUAUUUUGGCCUCCGCGGCCCUUCGCUCAACAGAGCUAUCAUGUGGCUGGUCGUAUGUCCGGCUUUCGUGACUUAUGGAUACAAUCAAGGUGUCAUGGGUGGUCUGUUGACCUUGGAAGCUUUCGCCGAGACUUUUCCGCAAAUGAACACAAUCACUGCGAGUGCAGAAGACCAGACCUAUAACUCGACCAUUCAAGGUAAGACUGAUCUCAAGGUCUCUGGCACGGUGGUUGCACUUUAUACCGUUGGUGGAAUAUUUGGUUCGCUAUCGUGCAUUCAAUUCGGCGAUAGGCUCGGUCGGCGCAAGGUCAUCCUGUUUACGUCGUUCAUCUCGAUCAUUGGGGCCAUUUUGAUGGCAACGUCCUUCUCUCUAGCGCAGUUCAUCGUUGCACGGCUCGUCCUUGGAUAUGGAACUGGUGGCUAUGUCGCUACGGUGCCUGUCUGGCAAUCCGAAAUAUCGAAGCCAAACAAGCGUGGUGCACACGUAGUAACAGACGGUAUCUUUAUCGGCGCAGGUAUCGCAUUCUCUUUGUGGGUCGAUUUCGGCUUCUACUUUGUGAAGACCAACUCCGUAUCCUGGAGAUUCCCUUUGGCUUUCCAGGUCCUUCUUUCUCUGAUGGUUAUGACCUUCGUAAUGCUUUUCCCCGAAUCGCCCCGGUGGCUUAUCAAAAGAGGUCGCACUGAUGAGGCACGGGACAUUCUGGCAGCGUUAGAAGAUGUCGAGCGAGAUUCAGAGCAAAUCACUGCCGACAUUCGCGAUAUCGAAACCUCUCUAGCCCUUUCUGGAACUGGUUCCUGGAAAGAUAUGCUUAAGAUGGGUGAACAGCGACUCUUCCAUCGCACUGUUCUCGCUUGUCUCGGGCAGAUGUUCCAACAGAUGUGUGGAAUCAACUUGAUCACCUUUUAUGCCACGACCAUAUUCCAGCAAUACCUAAAGCUCGAUCCCCUCCAGUCUCGCAUUCUCGCAGCAUCAAUGUGUCUAACACAGCCGCUGGGUGGCUUGUUAGCUUAUUUCACCAUCGAUCGACUCGGUCGCCGCGUGCUGAUGUUGUGGAGUGCUGCUGGCAUGUCAAUCUCAAUGGCGAUCCUCGCCGGCACUACUUCCCUCCAAGAUAACACGGGCAGCCUUGUUUGCGCGGUAGUAUUCCUUUUUGUAUUCGAGUUCAUUUUCACAGUCGGAUACUCCGGCCUGACCUUUUUGUAUGCGACGGAGGUGGCGCCUUUGCAGUGCCGGGCAUCAAUCAGCGCCGUCUCUGCCGCUGCAGUGUGGACGUUCAAUUUCCUUCUGGCUGAGGUGACACCAGUUGGCUUCGCUACCAUCGACUGGCAGUACUAUAUUAUCUUCGCGGUGUUGAACGCCGCCAUCGUUCCGACCGUCUACUUCCUCUUCCCAGAGACGAACGGCCGGACCCUCGAGGAGAUUGAUGAGAUCUUUUUACAGUCGCGCAGUAUCUUUGACCCGCCCCGCAUUGCACGGUCACUUCCGCCGACACACAUUGCCGAGGCGAACAGCGUUGAUCUCGAUGAGAAAGGUACUGCAAGCUGCGAUGAGACUAUGACUGAGAAGCCUAAUGUUUAA